AUGCUGCUAGACGAAGAUGGUAAGCGUAGGCCGCAACUCGCUUUCCUGGAUCUUGAUCCGAGUCCGCUCAACGACGGCCAUCCUUCUGGACCCCAGUCUCAGAUGCAAGCUCCAGAGCUGAAUUCACACAGCUACGCCAAGGAUUGGACCUCCGAUCGCUCACUCAGAGUAGAUGGAUCAGCAACGUCACCGCAUCAGGAAAACGGUACCAACCGAAAGAGGAGGCGGGUCAUUGAUGAGAACUCCCAUACAGAAGACGAAGUACCGCCACUUCCUCCAUCGCAUGUUGUGGACAUGAUCAUCGACAUGCACUUCCAAACAGUGCAUCACUGGGUUCCUAUCCUCCAUCAAGCUCGAUUCCGGGCCAAAGUUCAGGAUCCUCUGGAGCGAGACCGGCUGGCAGUGCUUCUACACUCAAUCAUUGCUGUUACAAUGAAAUACAUAGAGUUUGAGGAAGUGGGACUUCGCCCACUGGAUGUCGAAAGACAAAUCAAUGUGUCUAGAAGGGCGGUUUUGCUCCAUGCCAUGCAAUAUCCUAACAUAGAGAGUAUGCAGGCUCUGACCUUUCUCGCUUUUGACUAUAGCGUGGCCGAUUAUUGGGUCCUUGACCAGGACGGUCGAGUAUUUUCAAUUGACUGUCGAGCCCGCGGAUAG